AUGGCAGUGGCCCGGUCCAGCCGGCCUGUCGACUACUAUGACGGCAAGGCCGUCUCGCUGGACAUCCCGGAGGCGAUCCAGCGCCGCCUCUCCGUCCGCUCCUCGCUCACGCCUGAUUCGGCGAAGCUUAUCCUGGUGAUGGUCGGCCUUCCCGGCCGCGGCAAGUCCUUCAUCGCGCACAAGCUCUCGCGCUUCCUCAACUGGACGGGCUACCAGACCGAGAUCUUCAACGCCGGCCAGAACCGGCGCGCCAACCACUCGCCCACCAACCACUCGCGCGCCGGCUUCUUUGACCCGAGCGACGCGGAGAGGAAGGCAAAGCGCGAGAGCAUCGCGAUGAGCACGUUUGAGGAGCUGCUCGAGUGGCUGGCGGGCGGCGGCGAGAUCGGCAUCUUUGACGCCACAAACUCGAACCCGCAGAGGCGCGCCUUCCUCGUCUCACGCGCGGCCGAGUGGAAGGGUUGGAGGAGCGGAGACGCGAGCCCUGCCGCUGGGGGCGCCGGCGCGGGCGUCGCGGGCGGAGGCGGUGCCAGGUUCGGCGUGUCGAUCGUCUUCAUCGAGUCGAUCUGCACCGACAAGUCUAUCCUCGAGGCCAACAUGCUCUCCAAGGUGCGCGCCUCGCCCGACUUUGCCGGCCUGAGCGAGGAGGAGGCGCUCUCCGACCUGCGGCAGCGGGUCUCGCACUACGAGGCGUCGUACGUGCCGGUGGCGGACGAGGAGGGGGCGUACAUCAAGCUCUUCGACCUCUCCUCCAAGGUGACGGCCCACCAGGUCUUCGGCCGCAUGACGCAGCGCGUGCUUCCCUACAUGAUGAGCCUGCACAUCUCGCUCCGCCCAAUCUUCCUCGCCGCGCUGCCGCCCGGAUACGGCGACGCCUCCUCCCGCGGCUCCGAGGCGGGCGAGGACCAGUGGGCGACGCAGCGGCUCGCUUCGAUGGGCUUCUCGCAGCGCUACCCGGGAGGCGAGUCCUUCGCCGACCUGGCGUGCGUCCUCGAGGUGCUCAUCGUGGCGCACGCGACGCCGUGCCGCGCUCUGCGCGCAUAUUUCCUCGGCCUGCCGGUCGCGGAGUGCAUGUGCCCGGCGUCGAGCCGCGCGGCGGAGGCGCUGGCGAACGCGUCGCGCUCCGUGGUCGAGCUGCUGCCGGCGCUGUUUGGCAAGUGGAGUGAGGAGAUCCACACGCUCGAGGAGCGCGGCGAGAACAGCGAGGUGCUCAGUCUCGAUGACGCCGUCUUCAGCCUCGAGGGGCAGGUGGGAUGA